AUGUCGGAAGGACGUGUCGUGGCCGACGGGCACUACGACACCCUUCUCAGGAUCCCAGGGCUUUGGGAAAAGCAUUGCUCUUCGCACAGUGGUACUACUGCGAUAGAAGAGGAUAUCCCUAUCCCGACCAAGACACAGGAGCUUGAGAGUAGCGAGAAGAGGGCGCCGCACGUCGACUCUGAGUCCAAGGAAGAGACGGGGGCUGAAGACGAUUACAGACGCAAAGGUGAUGCUGGCACUCUCAUGUACUAUCUCCUGGGCUUUGGUAAGAUACGCAUCGCGAUAUAUAUCGUGUUGUCGAUCGCGACGUACACAUCUAACGCUGCCCAAUUCAUUUGGGUCCAGAAGCUGGUCAAGGAUAGCGCUUCUGUUGUCUUGCUCGGCCGAAGCAUCGGUAUUUUCAACACAAUCAGCGUCUUUGCCUUCUCCGUCAUUGGAAUUUACCUUUCGUACUUCUUCCUGGUGCUCAGUCCUCGGUCAGGCCUUCGGCUGCACGCCAGACAGCUUUCUACCCUUAUGAAAGCGAAGUUUACGGCGCUGGUCACCACAGACUCCGGCGAGAUCACCAAUCUAUUCUCUCAAGACACAAUCAUUGUCGACAGACUACUUCCAGUCCUGGUGCUCAAUAUAUCAACCGGUUUCUUGGAGCAAACCAAAAACAUAAUUUUGCUCGUCGCCGCAACUCCUCCGAUCGCGCUCAUGAUACCUAUUCCAAUUGCCAUCGGAUAUAUGGUGCAACACUAUUAUCUCCGUACUUCGCGGCAACUCCGUCAUUUAGACCUCGAAGCGAAAGCUCCUCUGUGCUCCAACUUCAUCGAGACGCUUGCAGGAAGCGCCACAAUCAGGGCUUUUGGUUGGUCGGCUGAUUUCAAACGGCGAAACAAGCAGCUCCAGGAUGUGUCUCAGGCACCUUUUUAUCUCCUCCAAGACGCCCAAAACUGGUUGUCACUUGUCCUUGACCUAAUCGUCACCGGUAUUAUUUCAAUCCUGGUGGGCCUGGCGCUGUUCCUCCGAUCAAAUACGGACCCCGGGUACCUUGCGCUAGCUCUUAUUGGAGUGGUGAGUGACUGA